AUGAACGUGAAAAUUAUUGUAAUCGCAUUGUUCGCAGUUGUGACGCUUCUCCAGAUUUACCACUGUAAACCAACACAUCGGUUUGUUAGAGAAACUAACGACGAAGAUGAGGGUAGAACCAAAAAAAUUAAAGAAUUUCUAAGCCAGUUUUACGGAGGCUCCACAUCUCAGUCACAACCGCCUUCCACACAGCCAGGUUCAUCAACACCAUAUCAGCCAGGAUCAUCAAAUUAUCCAGAUCCAUCAACAUCACCUUUAGUGGAGACUCCAGCUGGGCCCGAAUUAUACUGA